UGGCCUGUACAGUUCCCAGUGCACCCUGAAAAGAGGUGCCUUCUCUGGGCAGAUGAACUCCACAAAGACAUUCCCUGCUUUCCCACUCAGCUGGGUGCCUUGUGCAGUGCCCAGCCUGUACAACUGUGUGUGGCAGCAGGCUGAGGGUAGAGGAGACUGAUACCCAGCAGGCCUGUAUCCACUUCUAGUUCCUCUUCUCUAGAGGGAGGAGGGAUUCCUGCUGGGGUGGGCUGGGGAGCCAGAGAAGCCUCCAGAGAGGAGGUGGUAUGUGAGCCAGGGCUUGAAGCAUAAAGAGAAGAGGGUGUUCUGGCAGAGGGACCAGCACGAGCUAAGAAGUGGAGGCAGAUCUCAGCAGAGCUCCAACAGAGUGAUGGGCUCAGGAAUUCUGAGUGGAUUCUGACAGAAAGUGGACACCUAGACAGGAGCCCCGCGGAGGAGACCAAGGCGGCCAGCAAGAGGCUGCAGGGCCGGGUGCAGGGCCUCCUGGCGUCGGCUCCCCGCUCCGUGCCGCCGGCCCGAGCCAUGAUGAAGACCUUGUCCAGCGGGAACUGCACGCUCAGCGUGCCCGCCAAGAACUCGUACCGCAUGGUGGUGCUGGGCGCCUCGCGGGUGGGCAAGAGCUCCAUCGUCUCCCGCUUCCUCAACGGCCGCUUCGAGGACCAGUACACGCCCACCAUCGAGGACUUCCACCGGAAGGUCUACAACAUCCGAGGUGACAUGUACCAGCUGGACAUCCUGGACACGUCCGGCAACCACCCCUUCCCUGCCAUGCGCAGGCUCUCCAUCCUCACAGGUGACGUCUUCAUCCUGGUGUUCAGCCUGGAUAACCGGGAAUCAUUCGACGAGGUCAAGCGCCUCCAAAAGCAGAUCCUGGAGGUCAAAUCCUGCCUGAAGAACAAGACCAAGGAGGCGGCGGAACUGCCCAUGGUCAUCUGUGGCAAUAAGAACGACCACGGUGAGCUGUGUCGGCAGGUGCCCACCACCGAGGCCGAGCUACUGGUGUCCGGGGACGAGAACUGUGCCUACUUCGAGGUGUCGGCCAAGAAGAACACCAACGUGGAUGAGAUGUUCUACGUGCUCUUCAGCAUGGCCAAGCUGCCCCACGAGAUGAGCCCGGCCUUGCACCGCAAGAUCUCUGUGCAGUAUGGCGACGCCUUCCACCCUCGGCCCUUCUGCAUGCGCCGCGUCAAGGACAUGGACGCCUACGGCAUGGUCUCACCCUUUGCCCGCCGCCCUAGCGUCAACAGUGACCUCAAGUACAUCAAGGCCAAGGUCCUUCGGGAGGGCCAGGCCCGCGAGCGGGACAAAUGCACCAUCCAGUGACCGGGAGGGACGCUGGGGUGGGGCUAGGGCAGUGCCUUCCAGGAGGUGGCCCCAUGUGCCUGCUGUCCAUGUCCCCCCUCAACAAGACCCCCAACGGCAGCCAUGUUCGAAGGCCUCUGGCUCCAGAAUGGGCGACCCCAGUCUCUGACCUCUAUGUUCUCCUGCCUUUUCACCACUUCCCUCUGAUUCUGCUUUUCUGAGGUCCCCUGUGCUUCCAGCACCCAAAUCAGGGCCGCCCUAACCUUAGGGCUGUAAGAAAUGCUGAGG